GCACAUACCGCGCCGGGGAGGAGAGAAAAAGGCCCCGCGCCGGCGGAGGGAUACAGCGCGCCAUAUAUAGCGCGGCGGCGCAGGCUCACGGCCCCAGCACUCCGCGGGAGCCGCGCCGGCAGCAGGCAGCACCGCCGCCGCUCGUGGUCGCGCAGUCCGUGCCGCCGCCGCCGCGCCAUGGCUGAUCAGCUGACUGAAGAACAGAUUGCUGAGUUCAAGGAAGCCUUUUCCCUAUUUGACAAAGAUGGUGAUGGUACUAUCACAACAAAAGAACUUGGAACUGUCAUGAGGUCAUUGGGCCAAAAUCCAACAGAAGCGGAACUGCAGGAUAUGAUCAACGAGGUAGAUGCUGAUGGCAAUGGCACUAUUGACUUUCCUGAAUUCUUAACCAUGAUGGCCAGGAAAAUGAAGGACACAGACAGCGAGGAAGAAAUCCGUGAGGCAUUCCGAGUCUUUGACAAGGAUGGCAAUGGUUAUAUCAGUGCGGCAGAGCUACGUCAUGUUAUGACAAACUUAGGAGAAAAGCUAACAGAUGAAGAAGUAGAUGAAAUGAUCAGAGAAGCAGACAUUGAUGGGGAUGGGCAAGUCAACUAUGAAGAAUUCGUACAGAUGAUGACUGCAAAGUGAAGAGACCUCCUUUACACCUUUUUUCCUCUAGAAGAAUCAAAUUGAAUCUUUUACUUACCUCUUGCAAAAAAAUGUUCAUUUAUUCAUUCUGUUUCUGUAUAGCAAAACUGAAUGUCAAAUACCUUCUGUCCACAAACUGCAUGUAAUGGUUGGUGGUCCUGUCCCCAAAAGAUCAAGUUAAACAUCAGUUUUACGAUAUAAAUAAUUGUACUACCUUGAAAAUAAUAAUUAAAAAAAGCACUUAGUGAACUCAAAAGUUCCAUUUGCUAAUGACUAUUACACUGUUUGGGCUGGCCAGUUUUUCAUGCAUGCAGCUUGACAAUUGAGCACAGUCAGACAUUUGUAUUAAAAGGAAAAAAAAAACCAACCUAAAAAUCCACUCUUUUGUUCAAUGGUGGAUUCUAGUUCAAUUUGUAGUAUAAAUUGUCAUAGCUGGUUUACUUUAAAAUUGGUUUAUACCUCAGGAUGGUAUGCAGCAAAAGUGGUUGAAGGAUUCAAAACUUAGAGAAUGCCCUAAAGGUUGAAUGGUUCUCCUGUACGUAGCAGUGUGCUCCAAAAAUAUGAUGAUCUUAACUAUGGAUGGCAUGUCUGUGUUAUAAUAUUGGUUUAACAUUGUCUGCAUUGCACUAUAGUGAAACGGGUGUCGGGCUGUUACCGUUCACAAAAUUUUUAAAAGAAACCUUCACCAAGGGAGCAUCUUUGGACUCUCAUAUUUUUAAAACCUUCUGAACCAUGACUUGGAGCUGGCGGAGUAGCCUGUGGACUUCAGCACAACUGUCAACAUCGCUGUUCAAGAUACUACAAUUUAUGUCCAUUCCAAGUUGUAAAUGCUAGUCUUUUUUUUUUUCCAAUAAAAGACCAUUAACUUAAAGGUGGUGUUAAAUGCUUUGUAAAGCUGAAAUAUAUAUAUAAUUGAGAUGAUAAACCAAAAAAGCAGUAGGAGGGAAGUGUUCCUAUGAAUGACUUGCUGCUAAAUUAUAAUGCACAUGUAUGCAAUAAGUUAUCCCCUAUCUUUUCAAGAUGGCAAGAACUGACCUCCUGUAACCCAAGACCUUUGCUAUAAAUAAAUGAACUUGUGCUUGCCUUUCA